UGUUUUCACAAGUGUCGCAUCAUAAAUCAAAAUUGAAACCGUUUCGAUUACAUACGUGUUAAAAUCUACUAUACAAAAUUAUUCAUUGGAAAUAUGAAUUUUCAAAGUGGAUCGUUGAAAAUAAUUGUCGCGUUCAUACUUCUAACUACAUUCGAAUAUCGAAAGACAACAACUGAUGCAACGCGGCUAGUAAAUGUAAGAAAAUCACAUAAGUUGCAGUCCCGAUCCCUAUUAUUUCCACCAACAGCACCAACUCGAGUGCAAUUCAUUGGUGGCAUUGGUAUACCGGUUGAAGAUUUAAAUUUCGAAUCUGUAACAUCGGGCUAUGUAUUGAAAGCUGAAUAUUUUCUGCCAGAAACAGCUGAUGAAUUUCGACAAAAACUAAAACCACAAACGAUCCAUCGCCGUCGUAAGAGUAUCAACGAAACGUACAUGUACGAUGAGAAUUUUGAAAAUGAUUCUUUAGUGAAUGAAAUGAACGGCAUUUACAACAAUGAAACUUGGAAUUUACCCCAAAAUAUUAAACAUGACGCUCAUAAAAAUCAUUUAAACCAACCGACAGACGAUAAUAUAAAAAGUCAACAAAAACAUGGUGCUCUUUAUCGUUGGAUUGUCUAUAAAGCUAUGGAGACGAUAUUAAAUAAAUCGGCAUUAAAUGGCCACGCCUGUAUGUUGCGCAGUAUUUGUGAACAUGCUGCCAUACCAUUGAAUUACGAGGGAGGCUUAUUAGCAGAGAUAUUGCACAUAAUAUUAACGCCUUCAACAUCACGAGAUGAACCAUCAAAACCAAAUCAUAAGGACUAUCUAAGAGCAGAAAUAUUGGGACGAUCUGGUGAAGAUUGCGAAAAAGCUUAUAAUCAAUGUACUAAGUCUCCAAUGGAAAUAAUAUCGGCUGUAUUUGAAACGUGAUAAAAAUAAAACUUAUUUAAUUGCACGCGAUUACAUAUUAUAUUUAUCAAUCAAUCAGAUUACGAAUGGAACAAUAAUAAAUAUGAAAAUCUAUUUUUAAAAA